AUGAGCCAUAAGAAUGCGUCCGCGGUCAAGCGGAUCAUGUCUGAGCUGAAAGAGCUGGGUGAGGAUAAAGAUUCCGGAUACGCUGCGCACCCCAGCGAGGAUAAUAUUUUCGAGUGGCAUUUUACGCUUCGCGGCCCACAAAAUACCGAGUUUGAGCGUGGUGUUUACCACGGCAAGAUCCUGCUACCGACAGAAUAUCCUUUUCGACCACCCGACGUUGUAUUUCUUACACCUAAUGGUCGCUGGGAAGUGAAUACCAAAAUCUGCUUGACCUUUACAGGUUUCCACGAAGAAUUUUGGCAGCCAGCCUGGGGAAUACGUACUGCGCUGUUAGGACUGCAGUCGCUCAUGGCAUCCAAAGCAGAUGAAUCGGCCGCAGGCGCCGUCGUGAUGGCACCGGAGGACAGGGAGGAACUCGCUGAGCAGUACGUCAACAUUGCCGACUUACUCAGGUCGUCCGCAUGGACAUGCAACGUCUGCCAGGUACAGAAUCACGCGCUGCUAGCACACAAGCAUGCGAUAGACGAAAAUGAGGCAAUAAAAGCGCCUGUGUCAAGCGAGAGCGAAGCGGCGGCAGAAGAUCAUGUGCGUCUCAAAGACGAGCGCGCACGCGGCUGCGAGUAUGUAUGCGACGCCAUCUACGAGCUUGCCCGAGUCUCCCUCUGUGCAAGAGCCGGCGCCCACACCUAUGCCUGA